AAUAUAAAGAGCCGCUUGAGCUCGAGGUAAUCCAAUCACAGAUGAGGUUCGUUGCAAAGUACAAGAUUGACGGAUCAGAAAGGAAUUACGGCCAUGAUGCAAACGGGUGACGAAAACGAAUCGAAUUCUCGCAGGAAAACUCGUGCCCAAUAUUCCGAACACCCGGGAGGAGACUAUCUAGUUGUAUGGCAUCAGAAUCCGGCUUGAAGAGAAAAGACUCGACGCGGAUUUGUGCUUGUGGCUUCAGGAGUCGUCGAUGCUUACGAGGAGCAGACGAAGUGCGAAUGCCAAUGUGUUCUAAUUGGGGAGAGAUUUUACUGUCAUAUUGGAUGUUGAUGGUGAUUCUUGCCGAGAUAAGCGCCGCAGAAAUCAAAAUAGUGCGCAAAGUGUCUGAAUCAGACGUAUAUCAUAGAGACCGAUUCAACAUCCCCAAGGCAAGAUGUCUGAAAAUGCAAGGUAAAAAUAAAUGCGGGGUAUACGGUGGCUUUGAGCGCUCUGCAAAUAAUUCAUGUAAGUGCUUUUGUCCUCCGAGAAGUGGGACAAUUGUGCCGGAGAAGGAUUCGUGGCGAUGCAAGGAAAACGGGAAAUUGCGCUCAAUGUUAGGCUGCGGUUUUCACUUCCUGUCGGAAAAGCUCAUGUCGUACGUGAAGAUUGUUAACCGCCACGAGUUGAAUGUGUUCCACGCUCCCGAGUCGAGCUGUCGCCUUGACCUUGGGGCUACCAAGACACUUGGUUGUACGGGGACGUGGGACCGUGUUCAUAACGGGACGCAAUCCGUGGAGGUGUGGUCGCAGGGUUACGACCAGGUGGCCAGGCUCUUCAGCUACGCGAUACGGGUAAAGAGUAAAACUCUUCAGGGAAGUUUGUUGAAGAUAGGCCUGACGUGUACGCCAUUCAGGGCCAAACCUUGUAUCGCAUUCAAGGUCAGCGGAAGACGCAAUUGCGAGAUGUCCCAGACUCCUCCAGUUAUCCAGAUCAAUACAAAACUUGGUCAGAUGUCUACUGGCUUAGUGAGACGGAGUGCCGAGCCGACCAAUGCCAGGCCCCUCGUCCUCAGUACAGUGGCCACCAUGUCAGCGGCGCGAUCAUCUGUUGUCGUGCAAAAAAACCCAGUGGCGUCAUUUAGUGAGCACGUGGUACACACACGGUCAGCGGCAAAUCCAGUAUCAGUGACGGGCUUACCCUCGACGACUAAAGCCUGGAUGAAUACGGACCCAUCAUCGCCAGAGAAAAGCAGACAAGAGUAUUCGGAAGACGUGAUGAUAUCAGCCAUACUUACCGCUACUGCCGCCAUUAUCGGACUUUUAAUCUUAUUCUUCACAGUGAAACUUGUCACCAGUCAAAGCCCGGCCCAGAGAGAGCGAGCAGAGAAUGAUGUCGAAUCCUCAUCUCACUCGGAUCACGUGGUCACAUGCGUGGAAAUGAAUGAAUGUCGAACAUUGAAUGCCGGGAGCGGAGAGGAUUAGAGUCAAACGAAAGUCCGGGUUCGAUUCGGAAGGCGUCAGCUAAAAUCCGCGGUGGUUUUUGGUGACGAUGCAUUUGGUCAAAGCGUGCUGAAAGAUAAACCGGUGAUAUGAAAUAAAGCAAUGUUCACCAGCAAGUGCCUAUAGAUGACAACCUUCCACCUUAAAUUGGAGGACGAAAAGCAGAAUCACUUUCACUCUAAUGGCAAUUAUGAAUAUAUCAAGUACUGAUAGGGAGACAAUAAUGCACCAGUCAGCACCUGCUUACUGUAGAUCACAGACUGGGACCUGGGAGACAAGGCUGUAAAUAUUGCGUCGACACGAAGGACUUGACAUUAUGCUUGUUCUCCGAGGAACAAUACACAAUCAGUCUAACGCCCGAGGCACAUUGCGCGUAUAACCUUGGCAGUCUUACUGAUGCGGCAGAAGUAUCCACACCAUGAUUGGAGUUUAUAAAAAUAUGGGGAAUAUAACAUAUUGGAACAUGUAAAUAACACAGCCCGAGAUCCGGUGUGCGAGUUAUCAAGAUUUUACAGUAUAGAGAGAUGCGUUAUUGAGCAUGGCUGACGAUAUCCUACGUCGCCAAUUACCCUAAAUUCCCGCCGCCCUUUGCUGGAGUCCCCUUACAUGCAAAUGGGCCCUAUUCGAUUCUUACAUGUUGAGUCGUGAGAAAUGAGUCGAGUGGUUUUCAAAAAACCCGUGAAAUACUAUUUAGUUUAUUUCGUACUAAUACACUGUAAUGUCUUGUUUGUUCUGGCUUGACUAUUACACUUUAACAACUACAUUUUGUUGCACGGGAUUUUGAAAACCACUCUAUCUCUAAUCGCGUAUGAACAACAACACAAGGAGUCAUUUUCUUGUAAAAAUAUACCCUUCAUUUAUUAAAUUAAAAAUAUAAUUAAGAAUAUUAUCUCUUUGUACAAUUAAACUUGUAAACAAUGUA